AUGGCGAACGAUGCGAAGAUUCUCGAACUUUUGGAACUUCAAUCAAAACUCCUUCAAGCUUUUACAGAAGGAAACAAAAAACCAAAAGAAACAAACAAAUCAAGGCCAGAACAGCUUAUGGAUUCAUUAGCAAACAAUUUAUCUGAAUUUUGUUAUGAUCCUGCAAAUGGAAUAACAUUCGAAGGGUGGUUUUCUCGACACGAAGAUAUAUUUUGCGUAGAUGGAAAAGAUCUCCAUGAGGCAUCGAAAGUGCGGUUGUUGAUGCGCAAACUCAACCCGACUGCACAGGAGAAAUACGCAUCAUAUAUUCUUCCAAAGAAUACCAGAGAUAUUGAUUUUAAAGAAACCACAGAUAUCCUCAGAAGCUUGCACUCAUCAGCCGAGGCAGACAUUCGCACAAAACUACUUUCAUCGUUGGAGGAUGAUGGCAAUUUGGAUUUAACAAAGCUGCUGUCUGGUGUCCAAAAAUAUAUAAACCUUAAAAAGGAUACAGCUCUAAUCCAAAAUGCAUCAACUCCAGUCACAUCAGUCAACGCUGUACUCAUCUUUGCCAAACUUUCAAUUAAUGGGACCAUCCGAGCAGUGCACUUUGCAGUCGAAUCAUUCAUCCUUCAGACAAUAACCGGCGCUCUGCAAUCGAUAUCAUUCAAAAGCGACAUGCGGAGUUGUUCAAAGAAGAUUCAUCAGUAUGCACAAAAACAGAAGGCAAAACGACCAGUUGCGUAUUCUGUCCUACCACUCAUUGAAGAUGAACUCCAGCAACUUCAAGACCGUAAUGUCAUAUCCCCAGUUGAUUAUUCAGACUGGGCAGCACCUAUUGUGGUCGUCAAAAGAGCAUCGGGAGGCGUUCGAAUUUGCGGAGACUACUCAUCGGGUCUGAAUCAAUCACUGGAGUCUCAUCAGUACCCACUUCCUUUGCCAGAAGAUAUUUUUUCGAAAAUUGCCAACAGUCCAUACUACACACACAUCGACUUGGCAGAUGCGUAUCUCCAGGUCUCCGUCACACUUCAAUCCAGAAAGCUACUCACCAUCAACACCCACAAGAGGUUAUUCACUUUCAAUAGGCUUGCGCCAGGAGUCAAAUCUGCGCCAGGAGCUUUUCAACAAUUGAUGGACGCAAUACUCGCUGGAGUAGAUGGAGUCGCAGCAUAUCUUGACGACAUUGUUGUUAGUGGAAAAGACUGGGAUGACCAUAUGCUGAAAUUAAACACAGUUCUUCAACGGCUUUUGGACUAUAACUUCCGAAUCAAAAUCGUCGAUGCAAAUGGAAUACGACCAGACCCCGAGAAGAUUAGUCGAAUAAGUACGAUGCCAGCACCAACAAAUAUCACAGAGCUCAGUUCAUUUCUCGGAGCCGUGAAUUACUAUGGGAAAUUUUCCAUUCUCGCCUCUGAUCUUAUGCUGACUCAUUAUAAUCCAGCAUUGCCUAUAAAAGUCGCAGCAGAUGCAUCAAAUGUUGGAAUGGGGGCAUGCAUCAUACACAUUUUUCCGAAUGGUGAUGAGAAAGUCAUCUCACAUGCAGCCAGGUCCUUGACUUCAGCUGAGACCAGCUAUAGUCAAAUAGAGAAAGAAGCCGCUGCACUCAUCUUUGCCGUUAAGAAAUUCCACAGAAUGAUUUUUCGACGUAAGUUUCUGCUUCUCACCAAUCAUAAGCCUCUCCGAGCAAUACUAUCACAAAUUUCACCAUAUUAUGCCAGGGGAGAAGGAUUAGCUGUCAUCGAUGGAUGCAUAAUGUUAAAAGACCGCAUAAUCAUACCAACGUGUUUUCAAAAGAGAAUUUUGCUACAACUUCAUCGAGGUUAUCCGGGUAUUGCCAAAUGA